AAAUCCUAUAAAACGUGUCUGUGCACUGUCAAUGUAAGGAGCUUUCGCCAGGUGGUGAGAGCCACUCUGAGAGGUUACAGAUGAGAGGCAAACAAUAUCAUCAACCACUGAAGUUGACAGCGCCUUGGGAGAAGGAUGCUGGGUUUGGGAGGAAGCUCAAAACCUACAGGAACCAUACCAAGAUAAUAGCCCAGCCUGGAAUCGUGAUGAAAGUCCUCCGCAGAAAGAGGAUUGUGUUAUUUAUGGCCUAUUUCUUACUGUUGGUCCUCACUAUGCUGAACUUGGCUAACUACAAAUGGACUAAAGAGCCACAGCAGUGUAACCAUCAGAUGAGGAGCACCACUUAUCAAAGCAGAUCUGAUAUCCGCUUCCUGUACAGGCCCUCGAUGGCCAAAAAGAGACAGCUUGUCUAUGUUUUGACCACCUGGAGGUCGGGCUCCUCGUUUUUUGGUGAGCUUUUUAACCAAAAUCCUGAAGUGUUCUUCUUGUAUGAGCCAAUGUGGCACAUCUGGCAGAAACUGUACCCAGGUGACGCCGUAUCUUUACAAGGGGCAGCCAGGGACAUGCUUAGCUCCUUGUACCGCUGUGAUCUCUCUGUUUUCCAACUUUACAACAGCCCAGGGGGCAAGAACUUUACCUCCCUAGGACUCUUUGGGGCCACGCUCAAUAAAGUGGUGUGCUCCUAUCCCCUCUGCUCAGCCUACAGGAAAGAGGUGGUGGGGAUGGUGGAUGAUAAGGUGUGUAAAAAGUGCCCCCCACAAAGCCUUAGACUGCUGGAGGAGGAGUGCCUCAAAUAUAACACCAUAGUCAUUAAAGGGGUGCGCAUUCUGGACGUUAACGUGUUGGCCCCGCUCAUGGAGGAUCCCUCCUUGGAUUUGAAGGUGAUUCACCUGGUCAGAGACCCACGGGCUGUAGCCAACUCCAGGAUCAAAUCCAGACACGGCCUGAUAAGGGAGAAUUUACAGGUGGUCCGGAGCAGGGACCCUAAACUUCGCCGGAUACCUUUUGUGGACCCGAGUCACAAAGCCAACAAGAAGGACGGCUCAGACUACCACUCCAUAGGAGCCAUGGAGGUGAUCUGUGACCGCACCUCCAGGACUUUGAGGACUGCCUUAAACCCACCCAGCUGGCUUAAGGGGAAGUACAUGGCUGUGCGAUACGAGGACCUGGUCGAGAACCCGGUCAAGACCUUGCGGAACAUCUACCGCUUCACCAACCUGACCACCAACCAUGACAUCGAGUCGUUUGCUUUGAACAUGACCAGUGGCUCCAGCUCCUCCUCCAAGCCAUUCAUAGUGUCCUCCAGGAAUGCCACACAAGCUGCUAGUGCAUGGAGAACAGUGCUCAGCAUUCAACAAAUCAAACAAGUGGAAGACUAUUGCCACCAUUCCAUGUCCGUGCUUGGAUACGAAAGAGUCAGGACGGCCGGAGAGGCAAAGGACUUAAGCAAAUCACUCCUGACUCACUCCAAACUGUGAACAAGUCCUCGCCACCAAAGACGUUUAAUUUAAUGUUCAUUUUGCAUCGAGUGCCGUUUCCUCUUGUUGUGGAAUUAAAGCUUUACUUUAAAUCAGUGUUCGGAGGCGCGCCACUGGCCACAUUUGGAAUGUAUCUUUGUUUCCCACAGAUGAAAUGCAGUGGUAUUUGAAGGGACCACUACUUUUGUACUGGAGUACUGGAUGUGUCUGACAAUGCAAGGCCUAUGAACAGUGACUUGAAUAGUGAAGCUGCAGUUAUGGAAAAAACAAAAAACAACUGUAUAAUUCAUGUAUCUUGUUAUGAUAACACUUCAAAGUGGAUGUUUGGAGUUAUUUUUGAAUGUUGAAAACCUGAUGAAAUAUUUGUUUUUCCAGUCUCCAUAUUGUCUGUAAAAGUGAAAAUAGUGGAUGAAAGAAAAACAACAAAAAACAAAGAAUAACUGAUAAAAAAAAAAAAAGCUCAUUGUUAAUGUUUAUUUGUAAGAUCUGGUUUGAGUCAGAGACAAUCAUUAAAUUGGUUUGUUGAUGUGCCAUAGAUAGAGGUGUGAUGAGUAGGCUAUGUCAGAACAGCAGUAGUUCUGUUUCUAGAAUAAGGGAUGUCUUGAUCGUGUCGCUAAAUCAUCGCAGGAUGAUACACACUGUGGACAAUGUCAUGGCAGAGGAGAUGUGAAAGUCUCACUCAGUGUCGGUGUAAACAGUCUGUCCUACCAUUUCAAAUGUUUACAAGUGCUUGCUCUUAUGAAACAUGAUCUGGGAAUCCUGAAUUGAGUAAAGUUCACAGUUAACAAGACAGUUUAAGCAUCUGUGUUGAACAGCCAACAUUGUUGCACAAUUUAUGUACAUUUCCUAUCAAAGCUGGAAUGACUAAACCGGGGUUCUCAACCUUUAUGGUGCUGCUGUGAGGAAAAAAAA